AUGUCUGUCGGAAAUGGUCAACAUGAUGACCGAUCCGAAGCAUCAUUCUCGAAGGUGAAACUUCCAGAAAUUUCCCUUCCGUCGUUCGGUGGGAGGAUUAAGCAGUGGUUUACGUUCCGGGAUAGUUUCCGCAGCCUGAUCUACGAAAACAAGCACCUAACCGAUGUGGACAGGUUCAGCUAUCUGAAGUCAGUCCUGCAGGAGACCGAGUCGGUGGAGCUUUCGUCAGUAAAUUACAGCGUAGCGUGGAAGGCGCUUGAGUUCCGCUACGAGAACAAGAAGCUGAUUGUGAAGGCACACGUGGAUUCCUUUUUUGCUGUGGAUGGCUUGAAGCGAGAAAGCUACGGCGGGCUGAGCAAUCUCAUCAGCGCUUCUGAGAUGAACCUGCAAAUGCUAAAGAAGAUCGGCGAAAAAACUACUGCAUGGAGUAAGAUUCUCGCAUACAUAGUGUAUUCCCGGCUAGAUCCUACCACUAUACGGCAGUGGGAAACACACCACAACUCAAUGGGUGUACCGACGUACGAAAACCUAAUCGGUUUCCUUCGAAAUCAUUGUGCAGUGCCGCAAUCCGUCGCCCCAACGAACUCCAUCGUAAAGCCGAUCCAUUCUGAUCAACGGUCGAUCUGA